UAUGCAAUUCUACGUUCGCCGGGAAAAAACUCUGAACGGCGGCAAACAGCAACUGAGCCGUUCGCCAUUUUGGUUAUAGUCGAUCGGCAUCCGUGCUUUACCAGUACUGGUCGCCGCCCAUCUCUUACCAGCAACUAACUGGCUAUUGUUGGCCCCGGGUUACCGGGUUCUGAACCCUGACACUUGCGAAGAUUUUCUGACUAAUUCAAUUUACUUCGAAUAUUAGGCGAGAAUUAUCUGAUUGGUAACAAAGGCGGCAAUCAUAGUUGACGCCUAGGCCAAGCCGACCGCGUAGGUAUUGAUUUUUACCCCUUACGGCAGUCCUUUGUACUCAAUUAAAGUUUUUAUUUUCGUCUCGCUUCUUCCCGAUGUAUGACCACUUGCAUGUGUUAUAUCAUCUCAAAAUUGCUCGGUUCUGAUUAAGUAACUAGUAUUAUGCCGAUAAUAUCUGUGUUUUUCACUCUGAACUGUUGAUUGCCGCCAAUUGAGUUAGUGCACCAUUGUUCUAAUGCGGGUUUCGUUAUAUCAUCUCUGGUUGCCACUAGGCCUUCGAUUCCGAUUAACAUGACUGAAGUGCUGAAAGCUAGUGAAUUAAGAGUACCGAUGCCACCAGAAAAUAUGAGCAUUAAUAGAGAUAGAAGUGAACAUCACCAGAAUAUGGAAGGACCACCUCAACCUGCGCAUGCUCAUUUCACACCUCCAACUUCUGUUUCUGAUCUUGAAUUGUUGCAGCAUAGAGUCAAUUGGGGUACGUUCAGUGAUCCUACAAAAGUAUGCUCCAGUCUUAUGCUACAGCUUGGAGGAGCUGCUGCUGCUGUUGGUACUGGCCAAGGAGGAUCUUCUGGCAAUAAUCAAAGUAAUGGUAAUAAUGAACGCCGUACACACAUCACAGGCUCUAGUCUUAUGCUGCAAUUAGGAGGAGCAGCAGUAGCUACUGUACCAAGUAGUUCAUCAGGUGGUACUCAAAUCACUGGUUCAAGUGGUGAACGUCGGACACACAUCACAGACUCCCCUUUUCAUUGCGAUAUAUGUGGAAAAUACUUUUCUAGAAAAGAUCAUUUCAAGAAUCAUGUAAUGUGGCAUACAGGUGAAACUCCACAUAGAUGUGAUUAUUGUGCCAAAACUUUUACUCGCAAAGAACAUUUAGUCAAUCAUGUGAGACAACAUACUGGUGGUAUACAAAACGCUGCCGAAUAUUCUAUGAACAUGGAGCCAGGUCCUUCUACUUAUCGUGAAACACCUCACCACUGCAAUUACUGCCCAAAAUCGUUCACGCGUAAAGAUCACAUGGUUUACCACGAGCGUCAACACACAGGGGAAACGCCGUUCCCGUGCCAAUACUGUCCAAAAGCAUUCACGCGUAAGGAUCAUUUGGUCAAUCACGUGAGGCGUCAUACAGGAGAAUCGCCACACAAGUGCACCUACUGUUUAAAAGUGUUUACAAGGAAGGAACAUCUGACAAAUCACAUUCGCCAACAUACGGGUGAAACACCUCACCACUGCAAUUACUGCUCGAAAUCAUUCACUCGUAAAGACCACAUGGUUUACCACGAGCGUCAACACACAGGAGAGACACCGUUCCCGUGCCAGUAUUGUCCAAAGGCAUUUACACGUAAGGAUCAUUUGGUCAACCACAUCAGGCGGCACACUGGUGAAUCGCCGCACAAGUGUACAUUCUGCAUGAAGUCAUUUACUAGAAAAGAGAACCUGACCAACCACAUUCGUCAGCACACUGGUGAGUCUCCACACCGAUGUCAUUUUUGUCCUAAAACGUUUACGCGCAAAGAACAUCUUACUUGUCAUAUUCGUAUUCACACAGGCGAAUCGCCACACGCUUGCGAAUUCUGUAAUCGAACCUUUGCACGCAAAGAACAUUUGAAACGUCACGUGCGCCAGCACGCGCCGGGGGCAGAGUACAAUUGUAUCAUCUGCUCUGAGGUGUUCUCUGCCAAGGAACCGUUGCUCGAACACAUGUUGACCCAUCCUCGCGAUUGUCCGUACGUGUGCACCGACUGCGGCAAGGCGUUCCGCCUUAAGGGCAAUCUCCUGUUCCAUCAGAGGUCCCAUCAAAAGGGCAUGCCGGCCGAUCGUCCCUUCCGUUGUGACUUGUGCCCUAAGGAUUUCAUGUGCAAAGGGCACUUGGUAUCCCAUCGGCGCAGUCACACUAACACUAAACAACAAUUUCAAUCUGGACAGUUUUCGAAAGACCACGGUACUAAUGCCUCAUUCAUGUUGAAACACUUAAUGAAGCAAGAAAACGUGUCUGAAAUGAUCGGCCUGCAUCAACCCCAUCCAAUGCCUCAGCAUUCUGUCAGCGUGGGUACGCAAGUCGGAUUGCCUGUUCUUCCUCCGCCUCCAAAUCUCCAUCUUCCCCCACCGACCGCCGCAAGCCUAUUGGCCGCAGUCACGUAAACUUCUUUGUAGUUCGAACUCGAAAAUUUUAUUAUUAAUAUUAUUGUUUACAGUUUUGUUCUGUUUAUUUGACAAUAUAUUUUAUUUUUAUUUUCUAUCCUUUUUCUUCAUUCAUUAAUUGUUUUUAUUAUUAUUUUUAUUGCUUAGAUUUUAUUGUUUUAUUAUAUUUUCCCAAAAGAUUUUCUCUGACGUUGUUUUUAUUUUAACAUUUUAUUUUUUGAUUAUUACUACAUUUACAAGAAAUGUACUUGAUAAAAAUUUUAAUUCUAAUCAUCACCAUUUUGAGCAACGAACCCAUCUUGUAUUUAUUGUGUUAUAAAGUUUAUCUAUCUUGUAUAUUCUGGCAGCUUCAAAGGCUUAAUUAUUAUUAUUUGUUGUGCGCAAAUUAUAUAAGGGCCUUAUUUGUGGACAUUUACCAACUGAUCUCAUUAAAAUCUUAAUUACUAAAGUAAUGUUGAAUUUGUUUAUUGAACUGUAUUUUUUAUAGUAAUACUGUUGUCUAAAUGCUUGUAGUACUAUGUCUUAAAAGCACAAAUGAUAAUGAAAAUAAAGUAUGUAUAUAUAUUUUUUAACGACAUUAACCAAUAGGUUUCAAAAACCCAUUCAAUUUUUAAGAUAUAGAUAAUUUAAUAAAAAUUAACAACCUAUCUCUAUGGCAUCAUAAUGUAAUACAUAUUUAAUAAUUUUUUGAAAGUGAUUUUGAAAUAAAAAUUUAUAUUGAACACUGAGUAUUAUUUCAUAUAUAUAUAUAUAUAUAUGUCAAAGUAUUUCAUUAUAGUCCUAUAAAAUAUUGACAUUUUUUCUUGUAUCAAGAAUUUCUCAUAUUUAUUUGGUAAGUUAGUUGUUUAUGUAAUUUGUGCUUUUAAGGUCAGGUAAGUAUGAUUGACUUUUGAAAGUAAAUAUGUGUUAUGGCAGUCGCGUAAAUGAAUGAAAAUAUAAGCGGAAAACAUGUUUUAAUUAUCAAAUAACAGUUUUAAAUUUCUUUAAAACAUUGUUAAAUCUUACACUAUUGUUAUUGUAAAUGUAGUAAUGUUUUGACAAAGAUCCAUCUUUUACUUUUUUUGUUUUUAUUUGAUAUGAUUUGCCAUAUUUUUUUUUUUUUUCGUGUGUAUUGUAAUUUUUUUUUAAUAACUAUCACUUUCAAGGCAAAUGUUAAUAUGAAUUGUGUAGCCAUUUUAAUAUUAUAUAAAAGCAAAUAAUUUUAAUUAAGCUAAGUGUGUGAGCGUGCCCUAUGUAUAGAAAUUAAUUUAUAAUUAAUCAUAUAUAGAAUUAGUUUAAUUUUUUAGAUAUUUUAAAGAUUAUUUAUGUAUUCUUAUUUAUUGCUCCAAUCUCAAAUAAGUGGGAUUGUUAUAAAACAAUAUUUAUGUAUUACAUAUUAUUUAAUAAGUAACAUUAGUAUAUUUUUUUAUGCUACCACAUUGUUACCAGUGUAGUCAUUAUUAGACGAGUUACAUUGGACUUAAGUAUAUGUUAUAAUAUCUUGUAUAUAACAUAAAAUUCUAUAAAAGAAGCCAUUAUAUGUUGUACAUAUUUCACAUUUCUAGUAGUAAAAAUUCACCUAAUAUAUUAUAAUAUUGUUCUCUUAAAAUAUUCACAUCAUAAUAUGGUGCAAUAUUAGUCAACAUAAUAUUUUUUGUUUAAAUUAGUUGUUCUUAUAUUUUAUUUUGCUUUAUAAAAAAAAAUACAUGCAUUAACUUAUCAUAAAUUUUAAUUUUCAUCUCAAAUCAAUUCCAAAGUAUAGAAAAGUAGUAAACUUGCCAUUAAAAAAAGUGUUACGGCCUUCCUUUAUGUUUAUAUCGUAUACACUUAAAGCUUUUAGGAAUAAUUCAAAAUAGAAAAUAGACUGAUUAAUUUUUUUUUUAUUAGAAUAAAUAGUAUAAAAUACUUAUUAAAAAACUAUGUGUGUUUGUAUGUAUUUUUAAUGAUUUUAUUAUUUUCAUUAAAUAUAGAGUAAAGCAUAUUAUGAUAAAGUAUUGUCGUAUGUAAAUAUUCAAAUAACUAUUUUAAUGUUAUUGUUAAUCAUAAUGAAUAAAAUAUAGUUUUUAGUUUAUAUUUCAAUUAGGAAAUUAGGGCUGUGGCUGCCAAAUAAUUUUAAGUUAUGUUUGAAUAGUGUUGUAUAAACAAAUAUUUAAAAUUGUUUCAAUACCCAUUUUAACUAAAAUAAUUAUGGACUUGGUUUACCAAAUUUCUUUCCAAGUUUUUGCGGCCACUAGCACUAUUAGUAGGGUUUAGUUGUGAAUUAAUUAUUUUUACAAUUUAUAUUCUGUUUUUGUAAUAAUAUUGUAUUGAUGAAAUAUAGAAAUUGUGUGAAAGAUUUACUAUACAAA